UUAUGUGAUGAUUUGGUACAACUUGACAAUUUUAAGAAACUUGUGAAUAAUAUGAUAGAAGAGCAUCGUAAAGUUAUUAUACAAAAGACUCAAGAAGUAUACAAAAAGAGGAUCAUUCAAAAAUGGAAAGAAAUAGCA